AUGUACUCUUCCUACCGCGAAAAGGUCCGCACCAUCACAUGGACCGUCUCCGAAAAUGCCGCUAGAGCCAAGGCAGCUGCCGAUGAAGCCCGCGACUAUGGUAUCAUGGCACGCAAGUAUGAAGAGCAGAUGAUCAAUGCUGCCGGUGAGGCACGCCGUGAUGCGGUACAGGCCAAUACUGUUAAAAUUUCUGACUUUUACGACUGCGCUGCUCGAGCUUGGGCUGCUCUUGGAGAAGCUACGGCCCCAGCUGAGGAUGCUAUCAUCAAAGCACGAAGAGUCAUCGAUUCAGCCGUCGCUUGCGAAGUCGCUGAGAAGCCGGAUGAUAAGAAGAAGGCUGAAAAUGAACGACUAUCCACUUAUCUCAGACAAUCCGCCGAGAACGCCCACGAUAGAGCGAGGGAAAUGGUAGGCUUCCUUCGAGCGGCACAAGCUUCAGUCAGAGGAUCGGAAAAUGCGGCACGACAAGAUGCAGCAGCGCGCCACGCCGCCGAGUACACCGCCGAGAUGGCCUCUAACACCGCAAAGUCCCUGAGCGAUACCGUCGCUGGGAUUCAGGAUGCUGAGCGCAGGGCAUCCUGGGCUGGUGGCGCGGCUUCGCGAAGGGCCGAAGAGGCAGUCUCGAUGGCUACUAAUGGAGAGAUUGAAGAGGCCAAGAAGGCUGUUGCUGCUUCCGAAGCUGCUUACCAAGUGGCGGAGGAGUCGGCCAAGGUGGUUCGCGAGGGUAUGGAUGUUGCCCAGAGAGUGAUGCAGGAGUGGCUUCAGAGUAGCAGGAAGGGUCUGUAG